CUUGUUGGCAGAGCUUGGGACCUAAAGCCUGGAGGUACGGCGACUUCGCUGCAACAACAACACCAACAGCUCCUCAACAUACAAGGAACCGGGUGUCACCAUGAGCUCCAAGCUCAGCCGCGCUCUCUGGAUUAUCUGCGGGUGCCUUUCUUUACUCAGCACCAUCCUCACCCAUCUGACGCAGGCUGCAAGAGAAGUUAUUUUGCUGGAUUCCAAAGCACAACAGACAGAGCUGGAGUGGAUCUCGUUUCCUCCCGAUGGGUGGGAAGAGAUCAGCGGAGUAGAUGAGAAUUACAUUCCUAUUCGCACGUACCAGGUAUGCAGAGUAAUGGAACCUAAUCAGAACAACUGGCUGCGGACUAACUGGAUUGCAAGAGGCAAUGCUCAGAGGAUAUUUGUGGAGGUGAAGUUUACCCUGAGGGAUUGUAAUAGCAUUCCAGGAGUCUUGGGGACAUGCAAGGAGACAUUUAACCUAUAUUACUUUGAAAGUGACUCAGAGGCUGGCUGGAACAUUAAGGAGAGUCAGUACCUCAAAAUAGAUACUAUUGCAGCUGAUGAAAGUUUUACACAAGGGGACCUUGGGGAGCGUGUAAUGAAGCUUAACACAGAGGUGCGAGAAAUCGGGCCUUUGUCGAAAAAGGGAUUCUACCUGGCUUUCCAGGAUGUGGGAGCCUGCAUUGCCCUGGUGUCUGUUCGUGUUUACUAUAAAAAGUGUUGGUCUAUUGUGGAAAAUUUGGCGGUUUUCCCGGACACAGUGACAGGGUCUGAAUUUUCAUCCCUGGUGGAGGUGCGUGGAACGUGUGUCAGCGAUGCAGAAGAGGAAACAGAAAACCCUCCUAAGAUGCACUGCAGUGCAGAGGGUGAGUGGUUGGUGCCCAUUGGCAAGUGCAUUUGCAAAGCAGGAUUUCAGCAGAAAGGGGAUGAAUGCGAGGCUUGUGGACCAGGAUUCUAUAAGUCAUCAUCGCAGGACGAUCGGUGUGCUCGCUGUCCAGCUCACAGUCACACAGCUCGAGAAGGCUCCUCAUGGUGUGAAUGUGAGGAUGGCUACUACAGAGCUCUCACUGACCCUCCCUCUGUAUCUUGUACCAGACCUCCUUCUGCACCCCAAAAUCUCAUUUAUAAUAUCAAUCAGACAACAGUGAGUCUUGAGUGGGGUCCACCAGCAGAUACCGGGGGUCGUGAUGAUGUCACCUACAGGAUCAUGUGCAAACAAUGCAGCUGGGAGCAGGGUGAGUGUGUGCCUUGUGGCAGCAGCAUCGGCUUCAUGCCCCAGCAGUCGGGAUUGGCAGAUACAUAUGUGACGGUUGUGGAUCUACUGGCCCAUGCUAACUAUACAUUCGAGGUUGAAGCAGUGAAUGGCGUCUCAGACCUGAGCCGGACCCAGAGAUUAUUUGCAGCCGUCAGCAUUACCACAAGUCAAGCAGCUCCAUCACAGGUCAGCGGCUUAGUGAAGGAUAGAGUGCAGCAGAGGACAGUCAAUCUCUCCUGGAAGGAGCCAGAGCAUCCCAAUGGAGUCAUCACAGCAUAUGAAAUCAAGUACUAUGAAAAGAAUCUAAAAGAACGCACUUACUCCACAGUCAAAGCUACCUCAACAUCAACUACCAUUAAUAACCUGAAACCAGGCACAGCCUACAUAUUCCAGAUUCGAGCAUUUACCACUGCUGGCUAUGGGAACUACAGUCCCAGGUUGGAGGUCUUAACCCUUGAGGAGAGUACAGCUACAGCUGCUUCCACUGAACAGAACCCAGUCAUUAUCAUUGCUGUGGUUGCCGUAGCAGGGACCAUCAUUCUGGUCUUCAUGGUGUUUGGCUUCAUUAUUGGAAGAAGCAUUCUGAGAUGUUUUCCUUACGUGAGGAGAGCGAUAGAAAUACACUGUGGCUACAGCAAAGCUGAGCAGGAGGGGGAUGAAGAGCUCUAUUUCCAUUUUAAAUUACCAGGUUCAAGAACGUACAUCGAUCCAGAAACCUACGAGGACCCUAACCGGGCUGUCCAUCAAUUUGCCAAGGAAUUAGACGCUUCCUGCAUUAAGAUUGAAAGAGUGAUUGGAGCAGGCGAGUUUGGAGAGGUGUGCAGUGGCCGUCUGAAGUUGCCUGGCAAAAGGGACGUGCCAGUCGCAAUUAAAACAUUGAAAGUGGGUUUCACUGAAAAACAGCGAAGGGACUUUCUCUGCGAAGCAAGCAUCAUGGGACAGUUUGAUCACCCCAAUGUGGUUCAUUUGGAAGGAGUCGUUACCAGGGGUAAACCAAUUAUGAUUGUAAUCGAAUACAUGGAGAAUGGCGCACUGGAUGCAUUCCUCCGGAAACAUGAUGGACAGUUCACGGUGAUUCAGUUAGUGGGAAUGCUACGUGGGAUUGCAGCUGGGAUGAGGUACCUUGCCGAUAUGGGUUAUGUGCACAGGGACCUGGCAGCUCGUAACAUUCUGGUCAAUAGCAAUCUCGUCUGCAAAGUUUCUGAUUUUGGUCUCUCAAGAAUUGUGGAAGAUGACCCAGAGGCUGUCUACACCACGACAGGUGGUAAAAUUCCAGUACGGUGGACUGCACCUGAAGCCAUACAGUACCGCAAGUUUACAUCAGCUAGCGACGUGUGGAGCUAUGGCAUAGUAAUGUGGGAAGUAAUGUCCUAUGGAGAGCGACCUUACUGGGAUAUGUCCAAUCAGGAUGUUAUAAAGGCAAUUGAGGAGGGUUAUCGUCUCCCUGCUCCCAUGGAUUGUCCACCUGGCCUUCACCAGCUGAUGCUCGACUGCUGGCAACAGGAACGCAAUGAGAGACCCAAGUUCGAUCAAAUAGUUGGGGUCCUAGACAAAAUGAUCCGUAAUCCAAACAGCCUGAAGGUUCCCCUGGGUACCUGCAGUAGACCAAUCAAUCCUCUUCUAGAUCAGAACACUCCUGACUUCACAUCCUUCCGCUGUGUAGGUGACUGGCUGGAGGCCAUCAAGAUGGAGCGAUACAAGGAUAACUUCACAGCUGCAGGGUAUAGCACACUGGAAUCUGUCGCUAGGAUGACCAUUGAGGAUGUGCUGAGUUUGGGAAUUACAUUAGUUGGCCACCAGAAGAAAAUCAUGAGCAGCAUUCAGACUAUGAGAGCCCAGAUGCUGCACUUGCAUGGCACCGGGAUCCAAGUGUAAUAGAUCAUUUCUCCCUUUGUGCAAAGGGAAAAGACAUUCCUAAAAUUUGGAGAAAAAGACACCAUCUGCUGCUAAGUACUGUCGGUACCAACAUUCUUCUUAGUUCCUUCCUGUUAUGGAUCAGAGAUUCAAGGGAAGAUGUGUAACAAUGUUCCUCAAAGUCACCUAAAGAGCAAAAAGGAUGUAUAACAGUACACAAUGAGAGUGGCUGGAACAUGCACAUUAUGAAGAAACUACUACCUGAAACAUUUAGAACUUUACACAAAAGCAAAACAAAAAAAAAAACAUUGAGCGUUCUAACCUCCUUUUUGUCUACUAGGCUUUUUAAAAGUGUACAUAUCAAUUUACGUAGACUAUAUUUGUCAAAUGGAUCCAUCAGGUUCUGGUUAAUCAAUUAAAUUGUUUUCAAGAUUUGCGCUUGCUGAAUGGUGUUCAUUCAGCCAUCUUCUCAUUACUGACCUGUAAUGUUGGGUAGAAGCCAAAGAAAGUUAGCUCUGCCCUGGGUUCUUAAUUAAUCAUUGACCCAUCUCUAUCUACCCAAUUUAUUUUAUCUAUUUGAUGAUUUUAAAACUGUUAUGCCAAUUGUACAACAUAUAGGCAAUGGCCAUUUUAGUUUACAUUUAAUAUGCUUUCCUUUUUGGUACAUAUUAGUAUCCUCAAAAACUUCCAUUUAUUACUCUUAGGGUCAGUCAUUCCCAUAUACUUCAAGAAGAAAUUUGCCAGUUCCUAAGACUUUCAUUGCCCUUUAAGAUAUUAUUCAACAAAAACCUAAACAUUUAGAGGUUGGAUUAUGGGAAAAGUAGGAGUUAGUAUCCUUUGAAACAGAUUUUUCUUUCAGUACACUAUAAUUAGUUCAGGCCUCAUACUAUAGCAUGCCACCUUAGUGAAUAUAUUGAUGAUGAAAACAUUUUAACAAUAAAAUUAGGAACAAAGCAAACACAGUGAGAGACUGCAGUUAACUAUCAACUGAAUGAUAAAGGCAGGCAUCUCUUCUAUACUAACCUGAUGUAUCCAGCCUUAGACUAGACAGACAUAUGAAAUGUAAAACAUAACAUUUCAACAAAGGAAACUGAGGAACGAUGGUGUUUGAUAUGAGGUAAUUAUGUUUCGAAUAAGCUAUGGUGAUGCAGAGCAUGGAAUAAAUAUGGACCUAUCCAAAGGUCCCUAGACAGGGCGACUUCAGUCUGCAAAUCCAUAGAAUGAUCUAAAGAUGGUUGAAGCAAUCAAGUUUAUUGAACUCUGAUCAAAAUCUCUUUUCUCAGAGGAACGUGGGGCAAAGUUCAUACCCAGAUUUCUGUAAUUGGUACAACCUGACCAAUCCUCUAUUCAUUGGAUUUUUCUCAUCUGCAUUUCUAUAGCAGAAACGAUGGCAACUUGGUCAGCAUUGACUGUCAGAGGAUUCCAAAGAGUGGAGCUGUUUAAUUUGAUUUUGAUUGUCUUAUGAGAGACCCCACAGCUCAGAUCAGAAUUCUACUCUCACCUUCUUGUAUUGUGGGAUGUGAACGCUUCUAUGUAAAAGUUGUAAUUUAUUUAUACUGUCAUUUUUUUACACAGGUCUGUCUGUAGUGAACUCAGUACACAUUGAAAAUGCACUAUAUUUUUCUAUUUCACUGACAGAGAAUCACAGACAACUCAUUUAUUUUCAGUUGUACAUAAUAAUUAAAUCACAUUUAGGACCAAAGAAGGUUGUAGAUUAGCAAAUGUUGUCUAAAAAGAAAAAUUCUGAAGAAAUGCCAUUUUUCUGACUUUUUCAGAUCAUGUACAGUGUUUUUAUAAUUGUGUUUUUCUCUUUUGGGGGGGUGGGGUUUAUGCAUUCUAUUAUUUAUUUUUGUUUGAUUCAAAAACAGUGGCCCUGAAGUUCUACAGGGGGGUUGUCCAAUGUCUUGCAGGAACCCCAGAGAAAUGGUGUAGAUGGACGACCAUUUCUGCUGUUUGCCUUGGAGGUUGCAUCAUUAUCCUGCUGGAGUUACGGAGAAAGACUGGCUGAACUUCCACAGAACAUCAGGGAGCAGUAUAAUUUCAAAACACCUUUUUACUCACCAGAAUUUGUUGUAUUCUCUUAACUCGGAAUCUGUAUAAAUAUUUCAUUAGAUUUUUCGUGGUUAUUUUGAUGGUCUUAUUUUUCAAUUCUUUGUAAAGGACUGUAAAUAUAUUUUUUGAAAAGU